UCCUUGCCGACCAUUAUUGUGUGACACGUACAAGCCGCUUGGAACAAAAUCAAGGCCACGAUAACAAUGGGUUCUCUCAACGGACCAACUGCCCCGAAAAUGGGAGCAAAGGCCUGCUCGCCCUUGAGCGGUGCAACACGUCUUCGUGAGAUGUUGAAAGACCGUUCUAAAGUUGUGGUAUGCCCUGGCGUCUAUGACGGGCUGAGUGCCCGCGUCGCUCUUUCCAUGGGGUUUGACGCUUUGUAUAUGACAGGAGCAGGCACUUCCAUGUCAAGACUCGGAUGGGCAGAUUUAGGCAUGGCGCACCUAAAUGAUAUGAGAGGAAAUGCUGAGAUGAUUGCUUCGCUCGAUCCUUCCGUCCCCUUGAUUGCGGAUGCGGAUACCGGGUAUGGUGGCCCCAUCAUGGUAACAAGGACGGUUACUCAGUACGCCCGCUCGGGAGUUGCAGCGUUGCAUAUUGAAGAUCAGGUCCAAGAAAAGAGAUGCGGACAUCUCCUGGGCAAGGAAAUUGUCGACCGAGAAAUCUACUAUAGCCGACUUCGAGCUGCAGUGGCCGCACGUGAUGCGUUGCAAUCCGACAUUGUCAUCAUUGCUCGAACGGAUUCGUUGCAAACAUAUGGCUUUGAAGAAGCCAUUGAGCGUUUGCAAGAAGCCGUCAAGAUUGGAGUCGAUGUGGUGUUUCUCGAAGCUCUCCGAACCAAAGAGCAAAUGGAAAAGGUGUGCAAAAUCAUGGGGGACACCCCGAUUCUGCUCAAUGUCGUCCCAAACGGUGUCACUCCAGAAUUGUCGAUUGAAGAAGCACGGCAGAUCGGGUUCCGAAUCAUGAUCUAUCCGGGAGUCUGCUUGCGUCCGGUGGUCAAGACCAUUGCUCAUGAACUUCAAUUUCUGCAAAAGACUGGGAAAGCAUCUUCGUCAGACAGUUCGAACAGCCCUAAGGAGGUCUUCAACCUCUGCGGCUUGCAGGAAUGCAUGGAGAUUGACCAAAAAGCUGGAGGAAAAGCGUAUUCCACAGUGGGGAAAUAAGCAAACAUGAUGAUCAGAGAAUGCUGGCAAUGAACUAAAUUGGCCAAUUCCUCCAUGGCUGAAUGCAGCAAAUGUUCAUAAUGGUCCAUUGUUGUGCUCAUUCUCCAGUGAAGGACGUAUCCAACUCAUUUUAAUGGACCGCGGAUACUGUACGAAGAUCCGCAAGACACCCCAUUAGAUCUCUGAGGCGAAAGUUGCAGUCCAUCAGCCAAUCAAUCUGAC